CUCCUUAAAUCCAUCAUCUUCACACACAUCAAUUCUUCAAGAAUACAAAUCAUAUUGAAGAUACUUUAAACAUGGAGAGCUUCUUCAUCCUCCGUUGCUUCUUGUUAUUCUUCUUCUUCUUGAACGGAGCAUUUGCAGCUGGAGGCAAGUUAUGGAGUAUAAGGGAGAUGUCAGAGAUGGCUGGCUAUGGGGAGCACAAACUCUCCUCUGUAGUCAUCACCGGUUCUGUUCUUUGCAACACCCCUGUUUCAGGUGCAACAGUUGCUAUCAAGUGUCACACUGGAUUCAAAAAGAGAUCAAAAUGGGUAAAAGGUGUUACGGAUGACUUUGGAGAAUUUGUCAUCCAUCUUCCUUCUCAUCUUCACGCAAUUCCGCAACUCGAAAAGGCAUGUUUUGUCAAACCAAUACAUGUGCCUAAGCACUAUCAUAGAUGCUACCACACUUUCUACAAAUCCAAUACACACAAAGGCAUCAAACUAGUUUCCUCAAGAAAUGGCUUCCGUGUCUACACCUCAGGGACGAUCAGGCUACAUGGACACAGUUCAAAAACAUCCCAACCUCAAAAGGCUGACAUGUAAAAAAAGUUUUAAUCAAAAAGAAAAAAAACAAACAAACAAAUACUUGAAGAAUCAUCUUGUGUUUUAUUGUGGUUCUCACUUGUUUAGCUGGCGCUUCAGUCACAGAACCGAGUUGAGUCUUUCUUUACAUUGUAUAUCAGUUUCACACAGUGUAAUUGCAUCUCAUACUUUUUGCAUAUGACCAAA